AUGAGGCAAUUUGUAGAAACAAUGUGCAAUGGCGAGUUUUUCAAUAAAGGGCCUGAAGAAGCUUUUGAUUAUUUUGAUUACUUGGCUGAAAAUGCCCAAUCUUGGGAUGUCUCUGAUGUGUAUGAUAGAUCUGAAAAGCAAAAAUGCAUUGGUGGGGGUGGUAAGUAUCAAUUGAAAGAAGUUGAUGAUUUGAAUGCUAGGCUUGCAUUAAUGUCUAAAAGGUUAGAGUCCAUUGAACUUAAGAAGGUAAAUGAAAUGCAUGUUUUGCCAUCAUCUUCUGAAAAAUGCAGCAUAUGUGAGGAUCCAGGGCAUGUGACUGAUGCAUGUCCAACUAUUUCUGCUUUUAAGGAAGUUUUGCUUGAUCAAUCUAACCCAGUGCAUAUGGUCUCUAAGAAUUCUUCUGGACCUUAUUCUAAUACAUAUAAUGCAGGUUGGAGAAAUCAUCCAAAUCUCAGUUGGAAAAAUGACCAAGUGGGGCCAUCUAUGCAGGGACCAAGUCAAUAUAAUCCUUAUGCAGCCGCUAGCCAAGGCUUGGGGCCACCUCAUUUUCCAAAUCAGCCACCCCAAAUGCAAAGAAGAGGAGUGGAAGACUCCAUACAACAGCUAACUGUUAGCUUGCAACAGUUUAUGCAGAGUCAGAGCACGAUCAACAACCAAAACUCCCAGGCUAUCAAUGACAUCAGAGGGACUCUCACUAAAGUAACCACCACUUUGAGUAACCAGGAGAAAGGAAAGUUUCCAGCUCAACCCCAGCCUAAUCCACAAGGGCACAAUCGAUCAUCUCAGCAUUCAGGUGAAGGGAGCAACAUGAAAUCAGUGAAAGCUAUUACAACUUUGAGGAAUGGUAAGGUUUUGGGUGACCCUGCCCAUAGUGCAGGGAGUUCAGGUAAAAAUGCUAAUCCUCCUCUUGAUAGUGAUGCUAUAAAACAAAUUCCUGCUUAUGCUAAAUUUCUAAAGGAUUUAUGCACUGUAAAACGAAAACUGAAUGUGCAGAAAAAGGCUUUCCUACUGAGCAAGUUAGAUUCAAAACCCUCUAGAGAGAUGCAAAGGAGACUAAACCCCACAAUGAAAGAAGUGGUAAAAAAGGAAGUUUUGAAAUUGUUAGACAUAGGCAUCAUAUAUCCAAUUGCUGACAGUAAAUGGGUUAGUCCAAUACAAGUUGUCCUAAAAAAAUCUGGUAUAACCGUUGUAGAAAAUGAUAAGGGAGAAUUGGUGCCCACUAGAGAGACCACAGGUUGGAGGAUGUGUGUAGAUUAUAGAAAAUUGAAUGCUGCCUCUAGGAAGGAUCAUUUUCCUUUGCCUUUCCUUGAUCAGGUUUUAGAAAAAGUGGUAGGGCAUGAAUAUUACUGUUUUUUAGAUGGAUUCUCUGGUUAUUAUCAAAUAGAAAUAGCUCCAAAGGACCAAGAGAAGACUACCUUCACUUGUCCCUUUGCAACUUUUGCCUUUAGGAGAAUGCCAUUUAGGCUAUGCAAUGCCCCGGCUACUUUUCAAAGAUGCAUGUUAAGUAUUUUUAGCAACUUGAUUGAGGACAGUGUAGAAGUAUUCAUGGAUGAUUUUUCAGUUUUUGGAAAAACAUUUGAUGCAUGUUUGUCUAAUUUGAAGGUUGUUUUGAAAAUAUGUGAAGAAAAGCAAUUGUUGUUAAAUUGGGAAAAAUGUCACUUUAUGGUCCAACAAGGAAUAGUUUUGGGGCACAUUGUAUCCUCUCGAGGCAUAGAGGUGGAUAAAGCUAAAAUAGACUUGAUUUCAAAUUUGCCUGCACCUAAAAAUGUGAAAGAUGUUAGAUCAUUUUUAGGGCAUGCUGGUUUUUAUAGAAGAUUCAUAAAGAAUUUUAGCUUUAUUUCUAAACCUCUUUGCAAACUUUUGAUGCAUGAUGUUAAAUUUGAAUGGACCCAAGAGUGUCAAAAUGGUUUCGAUGAAUUGAAAACAUGUCUCACCACUGCACCUAUCAUUCGAUCUCCUGACUGGUUACUUCCUUUUGAAUUAAUGUGUGAUGCAAGUGACUUCGCUGUGGGGGCUGUUCUUGGACAACGAAGAGAUAAACUGCCAUAUGUUAUAUACUAUGCUAGUAAAACUUUAAAUGCGGCACAAAAGAACUAUUCCACCACAGAAAAAGAACUACUAGCUAUAGUAUUUGCAUUGGAUAAGUUUAGAUCUUAUCUUCUGGGUUCUCCUGUCAUAAUAUUCACUGACCAUGCAGCUUUGAAAUUUCUACUGUCAAAAAAAGACACUAAGCCAAGACUGGUAAGGUGGAUACUUCUGCUUCAAGAAUUUGAUCUCACAAUAAAAGAUAAAAAAGGAGUGGAGAACGUGGUGGCAGAUCACCUUUCUCGGCUUCAACCAGAAGUUUCUGAGAAGUUUUCUUUAAUUUCUGAUAAAUUUCCUGAUGAACAAUUAUUUUCCGUUGAAUAUUUACCAUGGUAUGCUGAUAUUGUAAAUUUCUUAGUUGCAGAGAAAACGCCACCUCGUUGGAAUGCUCAAGACAUAAGAAGGUUGAAGACUGAAGCUAAGAAUUUCUUUUACGAUGAUCCUUAUCUUUUUAAAUAUUGUUCAGAUCAGAUCAUUAGAAAGUGUGUGCCUAACAAUGAAACCAACGGGCAAGCUGAAUUAGCAAAUAGGGAAAUUAAACACAUCCUUGAGAAAACUGUUAACCCAAAUAAGAAGGAUUGGUCUUUGAGAUUGUCUGAUAGCUUGUGGGCUUAUAGAACAGCUUUUAAAAUCAUUUUAGGCAUGUCUCCAUAUAGAUUAGUGUAUGGUAAGGCUUGCCAUUUGCCUGUAGAGUUGGAACAUAAGGCGUAUUGGGCAAUUAAACAAUGCAAUUUUAACAUUGAUGAUGCUGGUUGCGUGAGAAAAUUGCAGUUAUCUGAAUUGGACGAGCUGAGGAUGGAUGCCUACAAUAAUUCUAAAUUGUCCAAGGAGAGAAUGAAGAACUUUCAUGAUAAACACAUUCAGCGUAAGACUUUUGAGCCCGACCAACAGGUGCUAUUGUACAACUCUCGUCUACACUUGUUUCCUGGUAAGUUAAGGUCUCGGUGGAGUGGACCUUUUAUGGUGAAGACUGUAUUUCCUCAUGGUGCUGUAGAGAUUCUGAAUCCUCAAAAUGGUAAUGUUUUUAAGGUUAAUGGUCAAAGGCUCAAGCCUUUUAUUUCUAACUUUGCACCUGAGGAAUCUACUCUACAUUUGCUUGAUCCCACUUAG